GACCUCAGAGACGGCGACACCUGAAUACCAGCGAUCCGCUUGACUACUUCCGUAGUUAUAAUGAUUAAUAUCCAACAGAUCCAGAUUACACAGCGAUGGUUGAUGACCUGGACAGCAGAGAGAGGCUGAGUGAUAUAGAAGAUGUGAAGCCACGAACUAGACAAGCCAAGAAGAGUAUAAAACGUAACUUGCUGAGUAAAGUGCAUAGACUGAGCAAGAAACUAGAACAAAUGCUGGACAAACCAGAUGAAUCAACACCACCGAAGAGAGAAAAAGAGAAAGCAGCACCCAGAGCGAGAAAGAAAUGUACAUCUGAUCGGGACCAUUUGAUUUACAGCAAUGCUGUCACGAUAGUACAGAACUCAUACGUCUGUCCGUUUCAAAACAGAAUAAGCAACUACUACUGUUAUUAUUGCAAAGAUCAGUUUGUUAACCCAAACGAAUUGAGAGAUCAUACACUAUCCCACGACCCUAAAGACUUCGAGAGCAUGAUGGAGAACAAGAAAAUACCCAAAAUUGAUAUAACGAGGAUAGAUUGUAGAUUGUGCAACACCAAAAUCGAGGAUAUAGAUUCGUUUAAGAGUCACAUCACUAAUAUACAUGGGAAAUUAAUGCAUCCAGUGGACAAUGAAUUUUUAAAGUUCCGUUUGACUUUAAAUAAUCUUACCUGUACAGAAUGUGAUAGUGUUUUUCCAUACUUUGAUAUGUUGAAGAAACAUAUGAUAGAACACUUCGGUACGUUUAUAUGUGAUCAGUGUGGUGCAUGUUUUCUAGAACAGAAUUCCUUAAGGACUCAUAUAAAGUCUCAUAGUAAAGUAGAAACCAAUUUUCCAUGUGAAGUGUGCGGUAAAAAUUUGAAAUCCAAAUAUAGCCGCUAUUUACACGUGGCUACGGUACACGAGAAGAAGCCAACGGUUAACUGUUAUAAGUGUGAAGCUAGCUUCUUGUCGUACGCGUUGAGGAAUAGACAUUUGAUCGAAGUGCACGGUGAUAAAAGGACUUUUCCGUGUAAGCUGUGUGACAAGGUUUAUAAUCGGAGGAAAACUUUAAUGGAGCACAAUAGGAGGAAUCAUCUGAAGGUCUACAGGCACCAAUGCGAUUUGUGCGAUCAAAGGUUCUAUCUACCGUCUCGACUAAAGGAGCACAUGGCGACGCACACCGGCGAGAGGAACUAUCGCUGUGAACUGUGCGAUAAAACGUAUCCGCGGCUGCAAUCGUUGCAGGAACAUCUACGGGCCCACACUAACGAUAGAAGGUACAAAUGUGAUCUUUGCGAUUCUGCUUUCACACAAAAUGGCAGUUUGAAAAAUCAUAUGAAGACUCAUCAUCAAGGCUACGAUAUGGACACUAAUUUUAGCUAAAUAAUAUAAAAAGACAGGGUUACGUGUAAAUGACACUUUCACUUUAGUGAUGUCACCGAAAAUAAUCAUCAUAUAGAGGGUGUAACAUUUAUGGGAAGUCUGAAACUAUAAUAUGUACUGAUUAUCUAAAUUUACAAUCUAUCGCAAUUCCUUUCAAUUUGACGCUUGAAAGAUAUUCACGAACUUCACAUUACAACUAUUUGACAAAAAUUAAUGAGAGAUAUCGUUAAUUUAAAAUUAAUUGGAAUUGUCUAAAGUAAGCGUCAGACGCAAAUAUUUCUCUAAGUUUAAGUUACAAAGUUUUUAUUGUUUCUUGUUCUCAAAUAAUCAUUCGUUCCGAAAGCUAUUGCGACUUUGAACGUUGAAUAAUUCCAUAAAACGUUAUCUCAACCGCUUUACUAUUUAAUGGGAUUGCGGUUGAUUUUGAAAUUAGACAUUUACCAAAGUGACCACUGUUUUAGUAACAGUGCCAUCGAUUUUAGUGACGUGAAAAAAAAGCAUUCAUAGAUUUAAAAAAUAGUCUCAGGCAUC